AUGAUAGCCCAUAGAGUAAAGACCCCCUUAAAAGUGGUCUCAGUUGGCAUAUCAUAUGCCAGGUACUCCACCACAAACUACAACGCAAUUCUUCACAACUCCGUGGAAAGUAUUAGUCAAAUUUUGGAAAAAAGUGAUCGCUCAUCUUACAUUCUUGCUCAAUACAUCCCUGAACCAGCUAGAAAUACAUUUUUAGCAAUUAGAGCCUUCAACCUUGAAAUCGGCAAGAUCAAUGAAGGUGGUAAGAACAGGCAGUCUCGGGCGUCGAUGGCUUCAAGGCAAAUGACACAAACAUUGGGAGUAUCGACGGCCGAUUUAAAGUUUAAGUUUUGGAGUGAUUUGUUACUUCGUGUGUUUACUAAGGAUCCAAACAAUCUGCAAGACUUGGGUGAACCAAUCGCCAUUCUACUAAGAGACGGAUUGAGGAAUGGUAUGAAUAUAGACUUGUCAUACUUGCAAAAAUUCUUACAAACUAGACGUUCAUUUAUAAAGAGUGGAGCAUCGUUUACCAACACCAAUGAGAUUUGCAGUUAUGGUGAAGGCACCUACUCUCAACUCAACUACCUAACCCAACAGGUAUUACUAUCUCCAUCUAUAUCCCCAUCAUCUAUCCAGCUACUACAAGCUUCGUCUACUUUGCAAUCACUCAUUGCAGAUAUAGCAGCCCACAUUGGUCAAGCAACAGGAGUAGCAUCAAUGAUCACGGGCUUGAGAUACUAUGCAUCAACAAGGAACCAAGUGCCACUUCCAAUUGAUAUUAUGAACAACCACGAUUUAUCACAGGAAGAUGUAUUGAGAUUAUUUCAGGGUCACAUAACCGAUUCCACGGAGGAACAAAACCUAAAGAGCAAGUUAAAUCUGGUUGUCUACGACACUGCAAUUGUUGCAAAUGACCAUAUAUUGACAGCAAAUAAGAAGCUAAACGAUUUCAAAACCGAAGUCAAACAAGUGAUUAGCACACGUUCAAACGACCAGAAAUUUCAAAAUUUUGCCAAAAAGUGGAAAGGCAACGUUCCCGAUGCCUUGUUCACUCCUUUGAUGGUUGGUAUACCCACGAGCUUGUAUUUGAAAAAGUUGGAGAAACACGACUUUGAUGUUCUCAAUACCAGCGUGCAACAGCCGGAGUGGAGACUUGCUUGGACUUCAUUCAAGGACUACUACUUUAGGAAAAUCUAG